AUGGCGGCCGAAGCGCCCUUGCGGGAUUUGGUGGAAGAAGCCACCUGCUCCAUUUGCCGGGAGUUUUUCCAGGACCCCGUGCUCAUCCCGGAGUGCGGCCACAACUUCUGCAGGGGCUGCCUGACCCGCAGUUGGGGGACGUCGGAAUCCGAGGCUUCCUGUCCCCAAUGCAGACAAACCUUCGGGAUCCACAGCGUCCUCUCCAACAGGAAACUGGCGUCUGUGCUGGAAGUGGCCAGGCGAUGCGGCGCCCAUCCGGCCGAGGAAGGAGGGAGCUUCUGCCCGAAGCACCGGGAGCCCCUGAAGCUCUUUUGUAAGGACCACGAGACCCUCAUCUGCGUGGUCUGCGACCGAUCCAAAGAGCACAGGGGCCACUCGGUGAUCCCUGCGGAGGAGGCUUUCCCGGAAUACCAGAUCAAGGUUGAGGAUUGCCUGAAGGCUCAGAAGGAGCAGAAAGAAAAAAUAGCUACAUACAAAAGCGACACAGAGCAAAGAGUGCAGGAGAGGCUUGACUUCAUCAAAAAAGUGAAAAAAAAUGUAAUGACUGCAUUCAGAGAGCUACAACUCUGGUUAGAAGGACAGGAGAAGCGUAUGUUGGCUAGAAUGGAAGAAGCUGAGGAGGUUAUUAUGGCAAGAAAGGAGGUUGCUUUGGCCAAGCACAUGGAGGAAUUCGGCUCUCUUGACCAUCACAUCCAGGAGAUAGAAGAGAAGCGGCAGCAGCCAGCCAGCCAACUCUUACAGGACAUUGGAAGCAUCUUGAAGAAGUACCAGGCUAAGGAAACAUAUGAGAAUCCGGUGGAUUUACUUGAAGACUCGAAGUGGACAAUGUGGGAUUGCAUUGAUGUCACCUUCUUUCUGAAAAGUGCCAUGGAAAAAAUAAGAGAUACUCUGGAAAGUGGACUUAAACUACAGGAAGAGAAUGUAACUCUGGAUCCAAACACAGCCCAUCCUCACCGCCUUGACAUCUCCAAAGAUCGAAAAAGUGUCAAAGGAAUUAAGGCAGUUAAGCGAAAACAUCCUUUCUCAGACAGCAAGAGAUUUGAAUAUAAUCCUUGUGUCCUUGGCUGUCAGAAGUUCUCAACAGGGAGACAUUUCUGGGAAAUUAUGGUCAGAGGUACAGCAGAAUGGGGUGUAGGGGUUGCCAACCAGCCAGUGAAUGUAACAAAUGUUGAUGAGAAGAUCAGGAGAUGGGAGUUUGCAGAAUAUGGAGGGGGAUACAUAGCCAUCACUCCAUCAAAAUGCUAUAACCUGGUCGUGACUGAGAAGCCCACGAGGAUCUGCAUAUCUCUCAACUGUGAAGAGGGGCAACUGGCCAUUUUUGAUGCCAGGACCGCAGCUCUGCUCCAUAUAUUUUCAGAUGCUUCCUUGGUUGGAAAGACCCUUCUGCCCUAUUUCUAUUUGGAUGAGGGCACCUGCAUGACACUCUCCUAAAAGAGGGGACCUUUGGAAAAAUCCCUAUUUGCCAAGCGAUGAUCUCUGAAAGCCUUUAAAGCAGAGAUUCCUUAGCUUUUUGCUACUUCAGCUUCCUUUAUUUCCCUAUGCCACCUUGAUCAGUCAAUCAGUCAUUAUAAAGGAAUAACCUGAUCAUCAUUUUUAUUUCUCUGGAUAAAAAAAAAAUAGAUGUGCUAGGAGCUUUAUUGGGUUUAGCAUCAUGUUUUCAGGUAUAUCAGUAUUAAAGAUACCUUACAGCUAA